CAUAACCUUGAAUUUGCUAUGCAAUUAUGUAAGCAGAUGCUUAGACAUCCGAUAAGAUAAGAAAGUCUAGUCCAACAAGAACUUUUGAUGCUGCAUUGGAAAAAUUCUGGUUUUGAUAGCCCCACCAGUAACGAAUUCAAGAUUCCGCAUCUAUCGAAUAAUUCUUUACCAAGUUUUCAGUGUUUUAACAUCCUCAAAUAUGCCGGUCCUCAAACCAUUGAAGGGAUCGACCGAAGCGCCUGCGACUUACAAGCAGCCCUCGAGAAAAGGAAAGAAAGCAUGGAGGAAAAACGUCGAUGUCACCCAGGUUGAGAAGGGCCUUGAGGAGUUGAACGAAGAAAUCAUUAAAGGAGGCGUUGUCGCUGAGCUACCCUCCGAAGAACUCUUCACUGUCGAUACAGUAGGCGAUGCAUCGUUGUCGAAGAAGGUCCCCCAAUACACCUCGAAACCUUUAAAAGCAGAUGAAAUAAUUGCCGCGCGAUCAGCCGUACCAGGUCCUCCUCCUUCGCGAAAGCGCCCGGGAGACAAGACUACCGAUGGCAUUAUUGCGGAAAAGCGACCGAGGAGAGAAUACGUUACGCAUAAGGAGCUCAAUCGAUUACGAAAAGUGGCAGAUGGUGUUCAUGAGUCCACGGUCGAGGUCGCAGAUGCGACAUUUGAUCCAUGGGGAGAGGUAGUCAAACCUGAAGCGCAAAAAUCUACACCUGUAGAGGACAAGAGGGAUGAGAAGAAAAAGGCACCUAAGUCUGUCACGAAAAAACCGAUAUCACUAUUGGCAAGUGGAAAGACCCCGAAGGCCGUACCGACGCCUACAGGUGGAUACAGCUACAAUCCAGUCUACACCGACUAUGAGGCCCGCUAUACCGAAGAAUCUAAUAAGGCCGUUGAAGCUGAGCGCAAGCGUCUAGAAGCGGAGGAGGCCGAGCGCCUCAAGAUGGAAGCUGCAGCUAGAUCAGCUGCCGAAGCGGAGGCUGCUGAGGCUCGGGCCGAUCUAUCGGAGUGGGACGAAGACUCGGAAUGGGAAGGGUUCCAGAGCGGCGGCGAGGAGCUCAAGGUUAGCGCGAAGCGACCGGGUCGCAAAAGCCAGGCGCAAAGAAAUAGGAUCCAGAGACGAAAAGAGGAAGAACGCCGACUUAAACACGAGGCGAAAACUAAGGUUCGGAAGGCUCAGUUGGAAGAAAUCAAGCGGAUCGCAAAAGAGGUUUCCGAGCGUGAACACGAACAAAAUCUAGCGCUUGCAAACCUGGAACAGAGCGAGAGCAGUACCGACGAGGAUGAAGUCCUUCGCCGACGUCAACUAGGCCGACUGAAGCUGCCCGAAAAAGAUCUAGAGCUAGUCUUACCUGAUGAACUACAAGACUCUUUGCGCCUCCUGAAACCUGAAGGUAACUUACUAAAGGACCGUUACCGGAGCUUGUUAAUUAGAGGAAGAAUGGAGGCCCGCAAGAGGAUAACAUUUAGGAGGCAAAAGAAGACUAAGCUCACAGAGAAGUGGGCAUACAAGGACUUCAGCAUCUAGAGCUAGUAGAUAAUAGUCUGCAAUUAUGAGAAAUUAACGGAGUCACCGGGAAAUAACAUGAAUUAUUCGCA